CUGAACAAAAGAUGGGGAUUAAGACUAAUUUCAUGGUUCUUGGUUCUCAAUACUGUGCCGCAAUUUGAGCCCGGUGUGCUGCAACAUUUGAUUGAUUUUAAAGGCGAUUUGUUUCCACAUUUCGAAGCACCCGAGAAAUCGAAGAUUUGAUCGAAAUUAUCAUUCAUCUGUCAACCUGAACCCAAACGCGUCCCAGGUGAAUAAUCGAGGUAGCGUUCGAACAAAUGGUGCAAAUAGAUCGAAGUCUCAAUCAAUCCGUGGAUGCGCUGGCAUAAAUUAAAGUGGUUGUUUGUCAGCAGAGCGACAACAUUAUACACCUGUCUCUUAAGCUCAGAGUAGAUGCGCGACUCACAAGUGAGCUUGGAUCACUUCCUUCGAUGUAAGGCCGUCGCAAUCAAUCAUGGCCACCGAUUUAGGAGCAUGGCUGCCAUUCGCGAGGGCGGCCGCUGUCGGUUUGGCUCCUUUAGCAACGUCUACGAUGCCACCUCCGCCAGAAUCGCCAAAAAACGACGAGCGAGUUACCAUCAAUGUUAGUGGGAGGCGGUUUGAAACAUGGCAAAAUACGUUGGCGCGAUUCCCGGAAACUCUGCUUGGAAGUGACGAAAAGGACUAUUUUUUCGAUUCGGAAACAAAAGAAUACUUCUUCGAUCGAGAUCCGGACCUGUUCCGCCAUGUCUUGAAUUAUUAUCGCAAUGGAAAGCUGCACUACCCGCGGGGAGAAUGUGUGUCUUCCUUUGAAGACGAACUUUGUUUCUUCGGCAUUUCUGAAGAUGUGGUACACGAUUGUUGUUGGGAGGAUUUUCGUGAAAGGAAGAAAGAGUGUGAAGAAAGAAUUUUCGAACCUGAUAAACUGGAAGAUGGUUCACAGAAUGGGGAAGAAAACACUGAUUCUACAAUUCGCGAGAAGAUGUGGACCGCUUUUCAAAAUCCGCAAAGCUCGCGGCCAGCCACUUUGGCAUACUACAUAACAGGUUUCUUUAUUGCUGUUAGUGUGAUCAGCACGGUGGUAGAAACUCUUCCAACAGACGAUAAGAAAACUUUUGGGGAGGCCAAUCAACAGAUUUUUUUCUCGAUGGAAACAGCUUGUGUUAUAGUGUUUACUGUUGAGUAUAUGGCGCGUUUGUAUGCAGCUCCUAACCGAUUCAAGUUCGCUCGAGAUCUAAUGAGCAUAAUAGAUGUGGUAGCUAUUUUGCCUUUCUAUGUUGGACUCUUUAUGCCAAAUAAUUCUAUAAGUGGAGCAUUUGUGACCCUGAGAGUAUUUAGGAUCUUCAGAAUAUUCAAAUUUUCAAGGCAUUCAAGAGGACUCCGCAUCUUGGGUUAUACACUGAAGAGUUGCGCGUCUGAGUUGGGCUUCCUGUUGUUUUCGUUGUCGAUGGCAGUAAUAAUUUUUGCGACAGUUAUGUACUAUGUAGAAAAGGUAGUCCCUAAUACCAAGUUUACAAGUAUUCCUGCGAGUUUUUGGUACACGAUUGUUACAAUGACUACACUAGGAAAGCACGUGUGUCCAUUUCCAAGACAAUGGCUGGUACUGCUUUGGUCUCCCCACCUGAUAAAGAAAAUGUUCCUCUGGGUGCUGGCCUAGAGUUGACACAAAUUCCAGUUAGCAAUAAAGAGAAAAACUAUCUUGAUGAACAGCAUACUCAUCUACUUCAGUGCCUGGAAAAGGCUACGGCACGGCAAUUUGUUGAAAUGGAGUACUCAUACAAAGGAGAACCAGUGAGGAAGACUCCCAAGUUGUCAUCUCCUAUUUGUACUCCAUCUGGUUCACCGAUUUCCUCAUCUGUUUCACUAGCAGCAGUGUGUGACAAUGCCUGCUAUAACCGAAACAGCUACACAGGGAAAUGCAUGAAGCGAACAAGAUCUUUCUCAGAACCAGCACAUCAGCAUGAAAAUGCUUUUUUCCCAGAUCAUCUGGAAAUGAAUGAUGUAAAAAGCAAGAACAAAGUGAAUUCUAAACCACACAAUGAUAAAUCACCAAUGAAUGUCACCACAUCAGCUAUUGUGACCCUCCCAGAUUUUGAAACUGUGGCAGUUCCAAACAAUAUUCAUGAGGGAGGUGCCAAUCGGAGAUAUGAAAAUUGCAAUAAUCGUAAAGGGUCUCAUACAGUUAUUUAAAUCAAUGCUCAUGAAGUAAAAUGAAAUUCCAAAGUGAAUUAGGUAGUGUGCAAGUUAAAUCUUGGCAAGAAGUUGUUCCUGAUCAGCUUUGUUACAUAUGAUGAAUGAGAAGUUUUGCUCACCUUCUGGCCUUAUAAUGUAUUUACUAACAAAGAGAUUCAAAAUUAUUACAAAUAUUAGUUGGAAAUUUUCUGGAUAUUUAAAAAAAACAAUUUAUUAUCGUCUACUACAGCUGCAAAAAUUGAUAUUUAAAAAUGUUUUUUAGAGUGGUGUUUUAGUGCCACAAAAUUCAGUGGCAGCUUUAAACGAUUGGUCCAUCUUUUUCAAAUGGAAAGUUUUGGUGACCUUUUUACCAAAUUCAACAAAGUGUCAUUUAAACCAGAAUGUGCAGUGCACAGUUCUUGCUAUGGGCGCACAGUCGUCAAUGAUAUUUAAACAAAAGUUGAAUUCUGAAGACAUAUUUUCUACAAAGUCAGCGGAUUAUGAGACUAUUUAUAAGUACAGAUAAUCAAGAUUGAAAAGGAUCACAGACUGACCCAGCUUCACCCAACCUUGUAUGACUGAGUUACAGAACACUUCAACUGAUAAGUGGAAACAUAUUGCAUCUGCUAAAGGAUAUAGUUGUGGUGUAGGUCAAGGAGAUAUCAAUGUGACAAGCACAGAAACAUAAGCAAUCAUAUGGAUCUAAUAGGACCUGAUUGUCUUAUGUACCAAUUUUUGGAUAUACAAUUCUUGUGUCAUCAGGACUGUUGAUCUUUCCGUCCAGUCAGGAAACUAUGAAUGUUAGUUCUGAGGUAGAGUUGACUCUAGUGGAACAAGCUUGUACAACCAGCUGGCAGCUGUUCUCAGGGUCAGUAGUUCAGAAGAAUGUGGCAUAGGUACAAAUGGAGUGGAAAGGAGAUACCUAGUUUCUCUGUUUAAUUGUCAUUACGAGCUGAUUAUUGCACAAGGAACCUCAUCAGCUGCAUACAUGGCAGGCUGCUCACAAGACAAAAUGCAAUGUUACAGAUCAAGGCCAGACAGAUGCCUUUUACAUUUAGCCUUCAAGGCAAGUUACUCUGUAAUUGCUAUACAAGAUGGCAAAAGUGAUGAAUUUCUCAAAUUUGUCAGAGAAUUGAAGUGAAAAGACCAAUGGCUGAAGUUUCAAAAUUUGAUCACCUUGGUGUUCUUAACUUAAGACCUGGAAACUUGAGGACUUCUUCAUUGUAAUCUCUUUGCAAUUUAGGCAUGUACUAAUAGGCUUCAGUAGUCCAAUGACCAUGCACUUGCAGAUAGGAAAUAAAGAUUUGCCAUCUUCAAUUGAGAGACAUGAAAGACUGAGGGCAUGCAUGUUGCAGUAACAAAAGGAUGAAAUUAAUCAUAUUUAUAUGUCAAGGUACUUCCAGUAGCUGUUUAAUUUCCUGUCUUGCUUUAGACAAAGCAUGGCCGAGCUCUUUAUUUUUGCUCUUUUCCUUUUUAGCAUGUAAUUAAAUUACUUAUGGGGUACUCUGCUAAUAUGCAAGGGUCUGUAUGUAAAUCAAUUUUUUAAGUUGCAUAAAGUGCAUAUUUUGUGGUGAUCAUUUUCAUUUUUUUUUCUUUUUCUUUUAAUCACAUUCAUGCAGUCAUUUUAUGAGUCCAGUCUACUUUUAGUCUUGAUUCGUGGGUAUUAUUAUAAUAUUAUUCUGGUGAAUACAGCUGUUUAAGUGCUCUGAUGAGAUAAGGGUAUUGGAUAUUUAUCAUCAGGGAAUAAUUGAUGAAUUUUUGAGAAAUAAUUUGCAGUCCCCAUUGAGAGAUUUUACUUUUGUAAAGAACAGAGGAAUGGAGUUAACCCUUAAACUCUCAAGAUCUGAUUUUUGAUUCUCACUUUUAGCUGCUACACAUUUCCUCAUGCAUAAGUAACAAGAAUUUGGGGUUAGAUCAGGAUAUCAACUUCUACCUGAUAAGUUUGAGUAUUCUCAUUAUCUGUUUGCUGGAUGAUGUAUAGAUAUUAUACAGAGAAGCUUCAUGUUAAUCACUUCUGGGAGUUGAAGGGUUAAACAUGGGUGAUGCGAGGCAUAAGGGAAUAUUUACUGCUACUUGUCUCACAAUAUUGUCCCAAUGUUGUGAGAAAAGUUGCUCUAUUGCUAUUUCUUUAGAGUCUCCUUUAAGUUGUUGGUGCUUUUGAAUUUAUAGAAAGUAUUUAUUUAUUUAUCUAUUUAUUGUAUACAUGUUAUUUCAUGGCUGUAAGCAUCUUCUUUUUCUCCUUGGAGAUCUUGCUUUCUAUGAAAUGUCAUCCUAUGUUAAGGCGUUAUUUAAGCUAUUUUUAAUAAUUGCUGAAAUUUCACAAAUUGAUUUCUUUUCUGUUUUGGGUUGAUUCCUAAAAUGUCUGCAAACAGGUUUUGCAUUAAGUAAAUUUGUUAUUAGUGCAGAAGUUGUUAUUUUAGUGAUCAUUGUAUAUAAGAACAAAUGUUAGCCUGUGGGUUUUGGUAUGUUUUGCAUUGUAAAAAUAGAUAUAACUGUUGGAAUGGGUAGAAAUUAGUGGGGAAAUUACACCUUGAAAUUUUGCUUUAAGCAGAAGUUGGUUCUCAAGAUAAGCUUCUUCAAUGAAUGGAAAGGUGUACAGUGUCUACUGACAAUUACUAAUCUUUAAAGUAAACUGUCAAAUAAGGUAUUUGUGUUAUUGAGGGAAGAUUUGUGAAGUCAGCUCUUCUUUUUUCAGUGAAACUUGCACUUCUGUUUUGGGUUAUUAGAAUGUCUUGAUUUAGCCAUAAAUUCAGGCUUUUCAUUCUUAUCUGUAUAUAUUGCAGAGCUUAACCCCUAGAGUUACCACAAAGUGAUGUAAAUUGGUCAAAAUAUGAGAUUUAACCCACAGCAGCAAACAUAAUUAAGUUCUCUUUUGUUGCUCAAUAUAUAUUUAUAUAUUUAUAUACAAUAUGUAGUUAAAAUAAGUUUAUGCAUGGUCACCAGUUUAACAAUAGUCCCAGAGUUAUAUGAUUUUACAAUGUGAAAGUAUUAUUUAAGUUUUCUCAUUUGCAGCAUUUGUUCAUAGGUAAUAUUUAUUUCAGGAAUUGAGCAAAGUGUACCUUGACAAUAAACUAAAAUAAUAAAAAAAAUGAUGCUA